UACAUUGAUUUAAUAUUUCAUCAAAGUGAUUCAAGGCUAAAUAGUGAUGAAAAUACUGAUGAAAUUGAUGAUCUUCAACGUUCAAAUAAAAGUACAGAAGAUACUUCACUGAUGAACCUCGAAAUUUCAUCAUCGAAUAAUGAUAAUGAACGAUUAAAUUAUAGUGGUGAUUAUAAGGAUGAAAAUCUUCAACCAAUAUGUACCAAUGAUUUAAUAUUAUGGGGAUUUCAAGUUGCAAGAGGAAUGGAAUAUCUAAGCCAAAGAAAGGUACUUCACGGUGAUUUAGCAGCUCGUAAUAUAUUAUUAACAGAUAAUAAUAUUGUUAAAAUAUGUGAUUUUGGUCUUGCAAAAAAUGUAUACAAUGGUAUUUAUGAAAAAAAAAGUAAUUCACCAUUACCAAUUAAAUGGAUGGCAAUUGAAUCAAUACGUGAUCAAAUAUUUUCAACUCAAUCUGAUGUUUGGUCAUUUGGUAUUGUAUUAUGGGAAUUUUUUACACUUGCUGGUACACCAUAUCCAGGAAUGGAUGCACAAACACAAUUUAAUAAAUUAAGCCAAGGAUAUAGAAUGGAAAAACCAUAUUAUUCAACAAAUGAAAUUUAUAAAAUAAUGUUAUCAUGUUGGAAUGAUUUACCAAAAUAUCGUCCAAAUUUUACACAACUUGUUAGAGAAUUACAAAACUUGUUAGAUGAAAAAACUGUUAUACAUUAUGUUAAUUUAAAUAUACCAUAUUUAAAUUCAAAUUCAAUAUUACUUGAGGAUGGUAAAAAAGAUUAUUUAUCAUUGAUGACUGCUCCUGAUCAUGAUGCUGUAUCAUCAACAACAUUACCAUUAAAAUUAUAUUCACAAAUAAAUCAUAAAGAUAUAUUUAAAUUUCAAAAUGAUACUGAUAAUAAUGACAAUAAUAAUUUAGACAAUUCACAUGAUCGAUUAUCAAUAAUAAAAGAUCUAGAUGAUCACUAUUUAAGACCAAUUAAUUUACAUGAACAACGUGAAAAAUUUAAAAACAAAAAUAGAACAAAAAAUGAAAACAAGGAUGAUGAUAGAUCAGGUGGUAAUAAAAAUUUAACAGAUAAUUUUAGUGAAAAUAAUGGGGAAAUUAUCAAUAAUAAUUAUGAUAAUAUGUCUUAUCACGUUUUAGGAAUUAUUGACAAAUCAAAAAUUGAUAAAUUAAAUUGUAUUAGUAAUCCUAAUUAUAUGAUGAUGAUGAAUAAUGAUGAUUCUAUUAAAAGAACUCAAUUAUAA